UUCCAACCCAUACCCAGUAGCUAUGGAUUCCAGCGACCAAGAAGUAGCACGAGAGCUUCUCCCUCUCCUUCGUGUCUACAAAAAUGGCCGUGUUGAGCGACUCAUGGGUUCAAACUUUGUCCCCUCAUCGCUCAACGAUCCAGAAACCGAUGUCUCAUCAAAAGACAUCGUCAUCUCAUCGGAAUCCAGCGUUUCUGCCCGUCUGUACCUCCCAAAACUCAACAAUCAAGAUAACAACAAGAAGCUACCUCUCUUUGUCUACUUCCACGGUGGAGGCUUCUGCGUUGAAUCCGCCUUUUCCUUACUUGGCCACCGAUACCUUAAUCUCAUCGUCUCCCAAGCUAACGUUGUCGCCGUCUCCGUCGAGUAUCGUCUAGCCCCAGAACACCCUCUACCAGUCGCCUACGAUGACUGCUGGACCGCAAUCCAAUGGGUUGCAGCCCAUGCCAGAGGCGGCACCACCACCACAACUGCCGCUGCCGCCGAACCCUGGCUGACCACUUACGCAGAUUUUGAUCGAGUCUUCGUGGGCGGCGACAGUUCUGGAGGCAACAUCGUCCACAACGUGGCCAUGCGUGCAGGCAAGCAUGGGUUGCCUAAUGGAGUUAAAAUCUAUGGUGCUCUCCUAGUUCAACCAUAUUUUUGGGGAUCUGAGCCAAUUGGGUCAGAAUUGAAUGCAGAUCCAAAUCAGAGAGCAUUUACGGAGAGAGUCUGGAGAUUUGUUGCGCCGUAUUCUUCUGGAAUUGAUGAUCCAACGAUUAAUCCGGUGGUGGCGGGGGCUCCGAGCUUAGCGGAGCUAGGGUGCUCGAGGGUACUUGUUAGUGUUGCCGGUAAGGAUUUGUUGAGAGAUAGAGGAAUACUUUAUUGGGAAGAGUUGAAGAAGAGUGGAUGGAAAGGAGAGGCGGAGUUGUUUGACGUUGAAGGAGAGGAUCAUGCUUUCCAUGUCUUCAAUACUGCAACUGAGAAUGCUGUGAUUUUGAUCAAACGUUUGGCUUCUUUUCUGAGUUCCGAAUGAAUAGAAAAUGUCU